AUGGCCAUGGCUGCUGCGGUGACUAUCAAGACAGGUAGAUUUUCAUUAUAUGCAUACCAGAGGCUCUCUAAAGCCCUAUUAUCGUCAUUCCUCCCCCCUCCCCCCUCCGCGCGCUGCGUGCGGGGAGAGGGGCGUUCUUUUUCCCCCAACACAACUCAAAACAAACACCAAGUUUAUCGCUAUUCUCGCGAUCCACCACCUGGAUGCGCCGCGGAGCCCGGGAAAAUCGGCGCGGAUUCUGGGACGAAUUGCAGGACGGCUACGAAGCGAAGAUUCCAGGAAGUCAAGGGCAUAGACGAGUCGACAGACGAGUACGAGUCGGAACCAGAUUCGCCGCGGAGCCAAUCGACCCAAAAGCCGUGGAUCGCCGAAGAGAAGUAUGCAUAUUACGAGGACGAUGGCGAAUCGGUCCUGGGGUCAGAAAGCGACGGUGACAACGGAAACAACGGCGACGACAGCGACGAGAGAAUGGCACGAUCCAACAAGCGAUUCGAAAAUCCGGCAGUAAGCAAGUCUCCGUUUUACAUGGAGAGCGAUGGAGGCAAAGCUCCUCAUUUCCGCAAGGAAUUUGGCAAACUAAUCGCCGAAUUGAACAGGGCGAUUUUCGCCUUACCAGGGGCUAAUGGCAACUCGGGGGCAAAGAACCUGGACGCUUUUAAGAACCGCGACGAAGCGGAAUUUGAUUCGACAAGCACAGAUGCGUACCCUACCACCGUACAGACUCUCUGUGGCAUGCCCAAGAUGUUGGACAGCGACGAAUUUGCCGAAUUCCUCCCCCGUCUCCCAUAA